CGUCUACGCGUUUAGAGGGAGGCAACAAUGCCUUGUCCGUUUACCUAAAUGCUCACCUCCAUUAUCUCACUCCUCUUUCGUAACUCUUUCUCUCUCCUCCUUCUGUCUUCUCCAAAUCUCCCCCGAUUUCAUCGACUAAGGAUUCUUCACCGAUUCUCAAGAUCGAGAAGAAACGAUGACGUCAACGGAGGGACGAUCCCUCUUGUCUCUCCCCCUCCUCCUUUUCUUAUCCAUCACCACUCUAAUCUCAGCCGCUGACUACACACCCACCGACAAAAUCCUCUUAAACUGCGGCGGCUCCUCCGACUUAACCGACACGGACAACCGGACAUGGAUCCCGGACGUGAAAUCAAAGUUCUUAUCAUCCUCCGGAGACUCCAAAACAUCCCCCGCCCUAACGCAAGACCCCUCCGUCCCCACCGUCCCUUACAUGUCCGCCAGAAUCUUCAGAUCUCCCUUCACUUACUCCUUCCCGGUCGCAUCAGGUCGCAAGUUCGUGCGUCUCUACUUCUACCCAAACUCCUACGACGGCCUCAACGCCACGAACUCCCUCUUCUCCCUCUCCCUAGGCCCCUACACACUCCUCAACAACUUCAGCGCUUACCAGACCUCCCAGUCGCUGAACUACGCCUACAUCAUCAAAGAGUUCGUCGUCAACGUCCAAGGCGGGACGCUGAACAUGACUUUCACGCCAGAGUCAACCCCUUCCAACUCCUACGCCUUCGUCAACGGUAUCGAAGUCACUUCAAUGCCUGACAUCUACAGCAGCACAGACGGUACCUUGACCGUGGUAGGGACUUCUAGUGGCGUCACCAUCGACAACUCCACAGCUCUUGAGAACGUUUAUCGCCUCAACGUAGGUGGGAAUGAUAUCUCUCCCUCUGAUGACACAGGUUUGUACAGGUCUUGGUACGAUGACCAGGGCUACGUCUUCGCCGCUAGCCUCGGUAUCCCCGAGGCUGCGGAUCCGAACAUGACGAUCCAGUACCCUACCGGGACGCCUUCUUACAUCGCUCCUGUGAAUGUCUACUCCACCGCUAGGUCCAUGGGGCCAACCCCUCAGGUCAACCUCAACUACAAUCUCACCUGGCUGUUCAGCGUUGACUCUGGCUUUAGCUACCUCGUCAGGCUGCACUUCUGCGAGGUCUCCUCCAACAUCAACAAGAUUAAUCAGAGAGUGUUUAGUAUCUAUCUCAACAACCAGACGGCUGAGGAAGGAGCUGACGUGGCGGGAUGGACUGGAGGUGGUAACGGGAUCGCGAUACAUAAAGAUUACGUUGUGAUUCCUCCUGAUGGGAAAGGGCAGCAGGAUCUCUGGCUUGAGCUUCAUCCUAACCCGAUCACCAAGCCGCAGUACUACGACUCUAUUCUCAACGGUGUUGAGAUCUUCAAGAUGAACGACUCUACCGGUAACCUCGCCGGUCCUAACCCUCUGCCUGGUCCUAAGGUGACUGUUGAUCCGUCAAGAACCUUGGAGCCGAGUACUAGUCACACCAAGAGCCAUACGGCUGUGGUUGCGGGUGCGGCUAGCGGCGCUGUGGUGCUGGGACUUCUCGUUGGUUUCUUUGGUGUUGCUGCUUACCGCAGACGCAAACGCGGUGAGUACCAGCCUGCGAGCGAUGCGACGUCCGGUUGGCUCCCGCUGUCUUUGUAUGGGAACUCGCAUUCUGCUGGCUCAGGGAAGACUAAUACUACGGGGAGCUACGCCUCGUCUCUUCCUUCUAAUCUGUGCCGUCACUUCUCCUUUGCUGAGAUCAAAGCGGCUACCAAGAACUUCGACGAGUCGAGAGUCCUUGGCGUUGGUGGUUUUGGGAAAGUUUACAGAGGAGAGAUCGACGGCGGGACGACGAAGGUGGCUAUAAAGAGAGGCAACCCGAUGUCGGAGCAAGGCGUGCACGAGUUCCAGACCGAGAUCGAGAUGCUCUCGAAGCUUAGACACCGUCACCUUGUGUCCUUGAUCGGUUACUGCGAAGAGAACUGCGAGAUGAUUUUGGUGUAUGACUACAUGGCGCACGGGACGAUGAGGGAGCAUCUCUACAAGACUCAGAACGCUCCUCUUUCUUGGAAGCAGCGUCUCGAGAUUUGCAUCGGUGCGGCGAGAGGGUUGCAUUAUCUACACACUGGUGCUAAACACACCAUUAUACACAGAGACGUGAAGACGACUAACAUUUUGCUUGAUGAGAAAUGGGUGGCGAAGGUCUCUGACUUCGGUCUUUCGAAGACCGGUCCCACGCUCGACCACACGCAUGUGAGCACUGUGGUUAAAGGGAGUUUCGGUUACCUCGACCCUGAGUACUUCAGAAGACAGCAGCUGACUGAUAAGUCCGAUGUGUACUCCUUUGGUGUAGUUCUCUUCGAAGCGCUUUGUGCGAGACCUGCCUUGAACCCCACGCUAGCUAAAGAGCAGGUGAGCUUAGCUGAGUGGGCACCUUACUGCUACAAGAAAGGCAUGCUUGAUCAGAUCGUUGAUCCUUACCUCAAGGGCAAGAUCACACCGGAGUGCUUCAAGAAGUUUGCUGAGACGGCGAUGAAGUGUGUGCUAGACCAGGGCAUUGAGAGACCGUCCAUGGGAGAUGUUCUGUGGAACUUAGAGUUCGCGUUGCAGCUUCAGGAGAGCGCGGAGGAGAGCGGGAAGGGGAUAGGCGGUGAGAUGGACAUGGGCGAGAUCAAGUAUGAUGAUGACAACUGCAAAGGGAAGAACAGUGACAAGGGCUCUGAUGUGUUGUAUGAAGGGAAUGUCACUGACUCUAGGAGCAGUGGAAUAGACAUGAGCAUUGGUGGUAGGAGUUUGGCUAGCGAUGAUUCAGAUGGACUCACCCCAAGUGCUGUGUUUUCUCAGAUCAUGAAUCCUAAGGGACGUUAGAGAGAGAGAAGAGUCUUAAAAACUGGUUCGUUUUCUCUUUUCUCUUUGCUACUUAUUUACUAUUGUUCUCUUUACUGUUAUUUAUUUGUGUAUUUGAUACUCUACCACAAUCAUAAAUGAGUGUAAAAAAUUUAAUGUGUUUUGAUUUUCUUUUACAAAACAUGAAACAUAUGAUUUCCUUCGAUGUAUUAUUUGGUUUGUUCUCUCUAA